AUGUCCCGCUCGACGGCAUCCAAUCAGCAGCGACGGCAAAGAUCAAGGUCCACCACACGCUAUGCCGACCUAGAGAAGCCCAAGAAGAAAAAGACACUUAGUUCCACGAGUUUAGUUUCGAUACCCAACACUAUAAAGUUAAGCAUGUUAAAUAGCGGUUUGCUGUCAUUAGAUAAAGUAAAACUGUCAGCGCGAGAUGAAAAAAAUCCACUAUCGCAGACGAUGCCCGACAAACCGACCGAACUGCGGCACUUCGCGAAGCUGUGCGAACAGCGGCGCAAGUUCCCGAUACUCUACAAGCUCGAAUUCCAGACGGCUGUGAAGGUUGAAACCAACUCGUGCAAGCACGCGCUGCGCAAAGCCAAUGCGCUCAAGAACCAGAAUCCCAAAUGCAUUCCAUACGAUUACAAUAGGGUUGUUUUAGACAAGUACGACAACACACCGGACUCGGACUACAUCAACGCGUCGUACGUGGAUAGUUUACUUAAGCCAAACGCGUAUAUCGUAACGCAGGGACCAACGGAGGACACGGUGCUAGAUUUUUGGCGGAUGGUUUGGCAAGAGAACUGCAGCGCCAUUGUGAUGCUAACGAAGACGUUCGACUUUACCAAGGUUAUGUGUGUUCAGUACUGGCCCCCAAACAAGGAGAAGGAGGAAAUCUACGGCGACAUGCACAUCACGAUACAGUCAGAGGAGGAGCUGGCCAAUUUUCACAUAAGAACGUUUAGGCUGUUUAAACUCAAUAAGGAUAACGUAGUAUCUGAGGAGCGGUUUUUACUACAGUUUCACUACACCGAAUGGCAUUCACAUACCUGCCCUUUUUCCAAUGCAAUUCUCGAGUUCCGCCGGCGGGUGCGAGCCGUCGUGGGGACAAUCAUCAAAGCGAACAGCAGGAUCGGUCCGAUGCUGGUGCACUGCAACGACGGUGGGGGUCGAUCGGGCGUGUACCUCGCCAUCGAUGCCAACAUGGAGCUGGCCGAGGAAGAGGACUCGUUUCACGUGUUUGGCUACCUGAAGAAGUUGCGCCAGUCGAGGAAAGGCCUUAUAGAAAAUGUGGACCAAUACAAAUUCGUAUACGACACACUGGAGGAGUUCAUAAUCUGCGGCAAUUCGUGGUUUCCGGUGAAGGAGCUGUCGCAGCGGCUGAAGGAGAAAAGCCUCAAGGACCCGCUCACAAAGAUGAACUCGUACCAGCGGGAGUAUGCCCAGAUCUGCAAGCAAACGCCCCGGUUCACCAUCGGUGACUGUGCCGGUGGCCACCGGGGGGACAAUCGGGAGAAGAACCGCGACGUCCUUUGCGUACCACCUGACAACUUCCGUCCUUACCUUAGCUCGUUUCAGGGAAAUUCAUUUACCGACUACAUUAACGCCGUCUUCGUCGACGGUUACACAAAACCGCGCGAGUACAUCGUCACGGAAUGGCCCCUCCAGAAAACGUGCGGUGAAUUCUGGUCCCUCGUUUACGAUCACGAAUGUUCCGCCGUCGUCGUGCUCUGCCAGCCUCCGCACAACUCGCAACAAUAUCCUGCCUUCUGGCCCGAGGGUCGUCACUCGAAAAAGUAUGGUCCGGUGUUCACCAUCGAUCACAUCUCGCACCAGCACUAUUCCAACAUCAAAUCGUGGAUCUUCCGGAUCAACAAGAAGGUCAUCUCAUUGACGGAGCUGAUGGCGGGCGUGAAAGCGCCCCCGAGAACGGUCCAGCUCUUCCAGCUCACCUGCUGGCCGAUGGGCCACAAGGUACCGACGUCGACAAACUCACUGGUCGAGCUGAUGAACAUGGUUGAACGGUGGAGACAGAAAACCGACUACGGUCCCGUCUGCGUGGUGUCCCCUGAUGGUCGCAGCCGAGCCGGGGUCUAUUGUGCCGCUAACGCCUGCAUAGAGCAGGUCAUCCAGCACGGCGAGGUGGACGUGUUUCAGGCCGUCAAAACUGUGCGAAGGCACCGGCCGCAGCUCGUCGAUAACAUGACUGAGUACAAGUACUGCUACGAUCUGGUGCUGCAUUACGUGUUGCACUAUCUGAAUAAAGACUUGAAAGAAAAGAAGUGA